AACUGCUGAAGCAGGUCGAGCAAUGCCGUAGACUGAAGCAGAGCAGCGCCGCCCCCGCCCACCAUGUCGAUCCGCGCCGCGCUCCACCUCCGCCGUUUCUUCUCCACGGACGCUGCCCUCGCGCCGCCGAAGCUGCGGAACCUACCCUACCGCCUCCGCCACGGCGCCGUCCCGGCCGCGCGCGCCGCCGUCUCCGAGUACCUCCACUUCACGCGCUGCCUCCCGUCCUCCCACGCCGACUCCAUCGUCGCGCACUCCCCGCGCUCCCUCCUCUCCUUCCUCGCCGCACUCCCCGCCGUGCCGGGUUCCCUCCCCACCGCGGAGCUCCCUGCGCUCCUCCGCCGCCACCUCAACUUUCACCCGCUCAACGAGCUCCCCUUCUUCCUCGAAUCAAUCGGCGCGCCCGCCGCGGCGUCCCCCCGCUCCGACCUCAUGUUCGUCGCCGACCACCCCACUCUGCUCGACGCCGUCGCCGCGCUCGCGCACUUCGGAUUCCCAUGGUCACGCCUCGGUCUCCUCUUCCCCGCCGUCCUCCUCGGCGUGCCCCCGGACCGUAUCUCAUCUCGCCUCGCUGCUCUCGAGGCCCGUCUCAACCGGCUCCCGCGCGCCGCCAUCAUCGCAGCCUGCCUCACCUUCCCAUCGCUUCUUGAGCGGGAUCUAUCCGAUUGCGACACACUCGUUAAGGAUCUCGGCGCCACGUUCAGAGGAUUGGGUCCGGAUUUGGGGGCAAGCAAUGACAUUGACGCGUUCUCGGGUGUGUGCCGGAGGAUGCGGAUGUUCUAUGAUGCCGGGACAGAGAUUGGUAGCAUUGGGGGACUUGCCGGCAGCAGUUGGAGAGUGUUUCUUGAGCUCAGGGAAAAGAGAAUUGCUGAGAGAUUAUGGUUCUUCAAGGAGCUGGGGAUGCCCGGGAAGGAGCUGGGAAGGUUCUUGCUAAGCAAUGCCAAGCUUUUUUAUCAUGAUUUCUCUGAUGUUGUGAUCUCGGUGCCAGAGUAUCUGCUGAGGGUUGGUUUGGUGGACGAUGAGGUUAAUGCGGCUAUAGAGAAACAUCCAUAUGUUGUUGGGAAGAACCAGCUGGAGAACCUCCCCAGGGUGUUGCGGGCAAUGAAGCUGGAGCAUCGGUUCCUGGAGAAGAUUUCAGUUGGUGCGGAGAACUUGCGUUAUUUAUCACCUUAUUUUGCUUUGGAGGAUGAUAGCUAUGAUGCAGAGGUUGAGAGGGCUUUCUUGGAUGGGAUGACUAAGGUCAAGGCUGACAAGAAAGCACAGCAUGUGGACAGCAAGCUGGAGUUCUUGAAAAGCAUUGGGUAUGGUGAGAAUGAGAUAGCCACCAAGGUGAUUCCUGUCCUUCACAGCACCAAGGAUUUCCUGCAGGAGCGGUUUGACUACCUUCUGGAAAGAGGGGUGGAGUAUACAAUGCUGUGUCGGAUCUUGACUGUUUUUCCAAAGGUGCUGAACCAGGGCAAGGAUAUGCUCAAUGAGAAGUUGAAUUAUCUCACAGAGGAGCUGGGCUACUCCAUAGAGUACCUGGAUUGCUUCCCUGCAUUUCUGUGCUUUGAUUUGGAGAACAGGGUCAAGCCUAGGUAUACAAUGCUUCGGUGGCUCCGAAAGCAUGGCCUACUUAGAAAACAUUUAGCCCCUGCAACAGUGCUUGCUAACUCGGAGAAGAGAUUCAUUACUACUCUCCACCUUGUGCAUCCUGCAGUUCCAAAGUUGUGGCUUGAGAACUUCUCUUCAAGAAUGCAUAUGGAGUGUUAUCUCAAGAACAUUUAUCAUCAGCAUUCAGACAACAAAUAGUUAGAUGUCUGGAACCAUGUUGACACGAUUGUUAGAGGUGCAAAGCAUUUUUUCAUGUGCAUCCUUUCCCUGUUAGACAUAGUAGCUCUACAUUUGGGAAAAUUCUUUGCUCCUGCAUAUAUAGCAGCAAGCUGCAGGAUGUAGGAUGAAAUGGGAUAUAUACCAACUAGAUAGCAAAACUUGAUUUUUGGUAAAACUGUGCUGUAAAUUUGAACUUUGUUCAGUUUUCCACUAGCCCUCCUGUGGCUAUACAGUAUGCACUGAUUGGAACAUGUAACAUGUUGUAUUCAUCUCAUCCCUGAUAACAGCUAACUAUAUUUUAUCUGGUAGCAUCAUAGGGAGCCCUUAUUGUUAAUAAAUCAUCAUAUACGUGGUAGUAGUGUGCUGUGAUUUUUUAUUGAUAACAGCUAUAUUCUGCAGUGAUGCAAUUCCUGCUUCCUUUCAAAUUGGUAUUCUUUAUUCUGGCUGGUGGUAGUGUGGAAAAUGUGAACAUAUGUGUGCAUGAAUCAGGCCUCAUUUAAAAGAAAGUUGAAACAAUACUUUAACUUUUUGUUCAUAAAAUAAGAAAUCUGAAUUAAUUCUUGUAUGGGAUAAGAUUUUAUGUUAGAGAGACAAUGGAUUUAGUACCUAUAAUUCUGCUUUCCUAUAGAAGGCUUGCCAAUGUUUCAUUUUUAGAUGGUUUUAGUUGGAUGCAUUCUUGGAUGUCAUCAUGGAUCCUACAUCAAGGAGAGACAUCAGUUCUCGACUCAUGUCACUGGUAAUUUUUCUUGGCAUUCCAGCUCACAAAGAUCAGCAGACGUUGUAUGUUCAAGUGGCUGAAUGCAAAUGGCCUUGUUUUGUAUCUGGGGGUUGUAUGCUGGGUGAGUAGAUCACAUUUCCCCUCCACUAUUCAAAGCUGAAAGCCCUAGGCCUGGGUGCCCGACUUGAUGAGCUUCGUUUCGAGAAUCUGGAAGCAGGAAGAGGCAAUUGCAUUGUUCCGCUACCAAGGCUGCUGGUAGGACUGCUUUGAAAAUCAGGAGUGAGCGACCUUUGCCGGAAGAUUGGUGGUUCUGGAGGACUGAAGAGAUCGGCCGGGAGAAAUUGCCCACCUAUUCUGAUUGCCUGUAUGAUUGUCUUUGUAACCUAACCUACCAUGGUGUCCAAGAAAAAAUUAGCCUGCAUUUAUGAAGGAUUUCGUCAACUAAAGAUUGCGGUUUGUUAA